UCAUGAAUAGUUCGUGUUCGUACUUUAGCAUCUACACAUUUGUGUACGUAUAAAUGUCUUAUUCCUCGGGACUUUUAAAACACCCCUGUGCUAUAAACAAUGGAUUUAUGCGCGGAAUAAGGUAUUUUGGAAAUACAGGGCCUGAAUAUAAGGGAAAGAUAAUAUUGUGUGAUAAGCCAAAGUAUAGCUUAUGCCGCAAAUCGGUUGAAAUCGCAGAUUAUGAGGACAAAUUUUGCAUAUUGUUGGACGGGAAGCUACUUUCAACUCCUUUUGGUAACGAUAUAGUCACACAUUCGAGAGAAUUGGCAAAUCACAUAAAGCUUGAAUGGGAAGCACAAAUAGAUAAACUGACACGUUUUGGAACAGUACCGCUAACAUUAUUACUUUCACGAACCCUUGAUUUCUCUGAUUAUUCAAAGGGUACGCAUAUCGUAGAUUUGCUUGAUUCCCUACAAACUGAUACACUGUUGUUCUAUGAACGGUGUGAACCAAUAGACCUUCCAGACUUAGGCAGUCUCUCUGAAGAUGUUUUAUCUCAGAUACGACCAUUGGAUCUGAAAGUUUUGCAGUCAAGUAUUAUAAAUCGCCUUUUGGACUUGUUCGCAACUCAUUUUCGACUAGAGCCUAUUGUUAUUUCUGAUACCAUUUCAAAGUGUCCUGUUCAAUCUGAUGCCACUCUGAAGGUACUGCAUAAUACCUUGUAUUCCCUUGAAAAUCCACAUAUAAUAACGGUAUUACACCUACAAAAAUGUCUAAAAUCAUUGAUACUACCACUCAUGUUAAUUCACAAAAUGGUUACACCCACAGAUGCACUCAGGGCCAGUCGACUGGAAGAGACACUAGAAGCCGCAAAUUGGGGUGUAAAUGAUGAGUUCAAAGCUACAGAGGAUUUAAUAAUGAAAGAAAUUCACACAUGUCUAUUAUUCUUAACUUAUAUGCACUAA